GGAAGCACCGGAACUUAAGAGCUCUUCUCGUUCCCGCCCCUUCUGCCGUCAGUGUUGUGUCUUGCGCAAGCGCGUCGUGCCUCACUAUCGCAUUCCCCUCUUGGUUUUUAGACUAUGCCUGUCUCCGUCUCUCUAUGUUGCGACGAACUUAUUUUUUAAAAAAAUUUAAAGCACAUUUUCUUCGACCGCUCUAUCGCUUUGCUACGUCUAUGGUCCUCACAUCGGUUUCCCCUCCCAUUUCCUUUUCCGGAAGCGAGGCCCAAUCGCUCUGCCCCUUUCUCCCCUUAGUCCCGCCUCCCAUCCGGAAGCCCGCUUCCGGCGGAAAUGAGGCGCGCAGUGAAGAGAAUAGCCUGACGUGGGUAAGGAAGUCGGGCUGGUUUCCCGGCGUCUCAGGCCCCCCUCCCCGGUUCCCCCCUCUCUUCCCCCCCUCCCGGCUCCGCCAUGCUCGACUUCUUCACCAUCUUUAGCAAGGGAGGCCUCGUCCUCUGGUGCUUCCAAGGCGUGCGCGGCCCCGCGGCGGCUUGCACUGCGCCCGUGAACGCGCUCAUCCGCUCGGUUCUGCUCCAGGUGAGUCUUCUCGCCGCUUUCCCUUUUACGCGUCGACAUCCUUCCGCCGAUUUUGGAUGCCCCUCUCUCUCUUCCCCUCCCUCCGCCACCCCUGACUUUAUGUUACAGUGGUACCUCGGGUUACAUACGCUUCAGGUUACAUACGCUUCAAUUUACAGACUCCGCUAACCCAGAAAUAGUACCUCGGGUUAAGAACUUUGCUUCAGGAUGAGAACAGAAAUCGUGCGGUGGCGGCGCAGCAGCAGCGGGAGGCCCCAUUAGCUAAAGUGGUACCUCAGGUUAAGAACAGUUUCAGGUUAAGAACGGACCUCCGGAACGAAUUAAGUACUUAACCAGAGGUACCACUGAGGUAUCCACCAUCAAACUCCCCACCUUUAUUCACUGCUGGUGGGCGGGUCGGAAAGUAACGAUUUCCUCUUUAAAAAAUCGGGAACGUGAAACAAGGAAACAUAAACUAAACAGCUGUUCGACAGUGGAAGGUUGUGGGGUCUCCUUCCUUGGAGCUGUUCAUCUGCCGUGGAUGCUUCAGCUGAGAUUCCUGCAUUGCAGGAGGUGGGGUUGGACUAGAUGCCCCUGGGGGUCCCUUCCAAAUCUAAGGUUCUGUGAAAUAGCCUGGAAACGGACAGCCCAGAUCUGUGCAAGGUGCAUUCAGAUACAAUGUGGGAAUCAGUAACUUAGAAGGACCAGGCGAUUCCCACGCUUUCCCCGUGUGGGGGGAAAAACAACAACAUGGUUUUCUUAAUCGAAUGUGCAUAAUUGUGAUGCCCUCUGGAAUGGUAUAGACCCACACGUGCUGAAAAGAGAAGACUGUUUUGAAAAUGUCAGUCAAAAUCUGCCGUGGUGGAAGAAAUCCGCAGAUGGGUCACCUGUGGCUCUCCAGAUGUUGUUGGAUUCCAGACCUAAUCAGCCCCAGCUGUCAACAGCCAGUCUGAAGGGAUGAUGGGAGUUGUAGUGCAGCAACAUCUAGAGGGCCACGAGUUCCACAGCCUUGCCUUACUAGCUUGCUAAUGAAUGUGAAAUGUCUUAAACUCCUGAAAGUGAAAUGCAAAUGGUAAAUAGGCCAUAUGUUUUGUGAGUGUUAAUGUAACCCAAGUGGGAAGAUCCAAACACAGAAGAGGGGGUGGUAUCCUUAUCAUUGGGAGAAACUCAGUGUUUGAAGAAGUGCACUGAAUCUUUAGAUGGAAGUAACUCUUAAUGGUGGGAUACCCACCCACCCCUGCUCAGGACUGAGUAUGCCCAGUGGGCACAGCAUGUUUACUUGACUGCUGGGAUGUGUUCUAAAAUCCAGGGAAGAGGGGGUAUGGAAUGGGGUAUCUUGGAAAAGAGCGUGCCUGGUUAGAAUCUUGAUCUAGGAGCAGUUCAUACGGCAACAUUUUGUUGCAAGCUCUGCUUGUUAUUACCGACUGCUAGAGUUCAAUGGGGCUUGUUCCCAUAUAAGUGCGCAUAGGAUUGCAGCCUAAGACUUUAAUCUUAGGAAUGCCUACCUAGAUGUACAGCCAGCUUAGUUUAAUGGAAUUUACUCCUUAGUAUUUGUAGCCCCUUAAAAUACCAGCACAUUUAUUUUGGCUAACACAGCUAACCUUCCAGAUGCUACACUUCCAGAAAGCACUUCUUGUUUGCUCCUGACCACUGCGUUUUGCAAGGAGGUUUCAAGAGACAAGGCCCAAAUGGUGCAAUUGUUACUUAAUAAGUAAUUCCCAACGUGUUUCAGUUGUUUUCAUCUACAGAAACUAUUAUCAGCUGGCUAGACACAAGUUGCAUUUCCCUGUAGAACCUCAUAAAACAUAUGCUGUGUUCAAAAUUCCCUGUUGAAUUGCAAGCCCAAACAGGAAAAUAUGUUUUCUAUUUUAGCAGAUUUCCUGUUUUGUAGUGCCUGUUUCUUAUUUCAGAAAGUCACAGGUGCAUAACUUGUAUUUCCUUUUAUUCCCAAGGACCUAAUGCAAAAUACAACUGGUUGUUCCGUAAGCUAAUAGUCUGCGAUAGACAAUAUGUGAUGGGAACAUAAACUGAAAAGGUGCAAAGGAUCAUGCUAUCUAGUCAUCCCUCUCUCCCACUCUUUCUGUCUUGGAUCUCACCCGUAGCCAUGGCUACUACAGCCUACCUUUCCCCUUAAGCUUUCUCUAACUCUUUAUCUGUUUCCAUACACUAAUUGGAAUUGGAGAAUGGAUACUACUUAAGCUGAUUCCAGGUACAGGAGACAGGAUGAUCUGAUCGUACAUCCAGUUCUGGCAGCAUGUUGUAAUCGGGUCAUUUGGAUCCUUAGUCAUGGAUCACAACUGUAAGCAUUAAGAUUCCAUAAAAGCAGGUCUGUUUAAGUCGGAUGAAUAGCUUGAGAGUUCUGUUUUGUGAUUUUGCAUCUGUACAGAAAGUUGUAUAGUAAGUAGGUUUUUUAAAGAAGUUUUUAAAAUUUACUGGGUAUUAAAACGCUCAACUGCACUACCAGUCUAUUAGCUAUGAUUUGUCUAACUUCUAAAUAUUCAUUUAUAUUAUUGGUUAUAUCAAGUUCUGCUGUCCAUAUAUUUCAGAGCUUAAAUGACCAUUCAAAAAUACUUCUUUAAAAUAAUGUGAAUGUCAGCGUUUUCUUGGUGUCACUAAAGCUCAUUUUUUUCUUCAUGUAAAUUGUGCAUUGGGAGUGUUGAUACUUAUUUUACUUAGUGUGUAGUGUUUCACAGUCAGCACCAUGCUGCUCCUAUUUUUCUUUGUAUAUAAGAAAAGGAUAUUAGGUUGAGAGUUGGCGACUUAGCUACCUUGUGUGUCUUGCCCAGGUCUUUCAGGUCUGAGAUUAAACACUUUUUGCCAUUCCUUUUAUUUCUGAAUUUCAAAGACUGUUUUUCAAGCCAAAAGGUGAUACUUUAUCAGUUUCCCUCUAUCCUGGGGUGCCAUGUGGUUCUUUAUUCCUUAUUUCAGAGCACUUUUUCAUGGAUUAUAGAGCAGUGCAGUAUUUAUCUUUGGAUGUUUGAAAGCUUCCUUGGGUAGCCUCUCAUACUAGCAGUUUGCACAUCUGUGUGACUCAGAUGGUGGGAAUUGCUUCUGUAUUGUACAACAUGGGCAUGUUUUAAGUAGGCUGCCAGUAGGUGGUACUUGCCCACUUCUGGAUUUCUUUACUUUGCUGUUAUUUUCUCUACCUUUUUGCUUCUUGUUCGUGAAGACAUGCCAUUGAUGGGUGGUUAGGUGAAAAUGUAGUUGUUUCAUACUAAGGCAGACUAGUGAUUCAAAUAGCCUAUCAGAAUCUGUCUUGAUUUAUCAUAGCUCUCCAGGGUCUCAAAUAGAUAUAUUUCCCAGAUUUAUGGCUGGGGUGCCAUUUAACUAUAAACUCUGCUUCAUAACAUUUCACCCAACUCACAUUUUCUGUCUGAUUUCUGUAGAAGCAGGCUGCUGCUGCAAGAUUCUUUGUGUUAAUUAUAGGAAGUCAAGAUUGUUCAAAGAAGUUGCAUGGAUGCUAGCUAAUAAGGUCUUUGGCUAUUCUGACAACAGAAGUAGGAGUCCGGGAUCUGAUGGCAGAUAUCUCUGACAGCAUGUGAGCUACUGUGUCUGAACAGCAAAAAGUCUAAAAUCUUUGUGUGGUGGAAAUGCAUAUUGCUGAAUGAAUUACAGUAUAGCUGUUAGGUGUGAAGUGUACUUUGUGUCUUGAAACAGAUGCUUGUAAGCAUGUAUGGAAUAUGAAGAUUGGACACUUUUUCCUAGAAUUUGAAUUGUACCCACAGUAAACAGGAUGGUUAUUCUUUACCAAAAAAAAACACUGAAUCUCUACAACUCCUGUAAUGUAGGGUUUCCAUCUCAUUAUAGGUGCUGCCAAUGUGCUCUCUCUCUCUCUCUCUCUCUCUCUCUUGCCUUUUCAGGAGCGAGGUGGCAGCAACUCUUUCAACCAUGAAGCCCUUACGCUUAAAUACAAGCUGGACAAUCAAUUUGAACUCGUUUUUGUGGUAAGUGAAUUAUUCUGUGUGAGAUAAAGACCUCAGACAGGUGGAAAACCUGUCUCCAAGAGUCUCUAUAGCAAAGUGAAUAGAAAACUUUUCUCAGCACUGAUAUAUUGUUUUUGAUGUUGUGGAACAUUACUUCCUUUUCCUUCGAUUGGGAUCAGAAGAGCUUGUUCCUCAGUCUUGCAUCACGAACUGUCAUUAUAGCAACACCUUAGAAAUGUUUCUUAAGAGCAAUGAGGCUUCAAUCAAGGGGCAGUUUCUCUUUCACAAACAAAUAUGUAGAAUUGUAAAGUUAGAAGGGGGUCCCGAGGAUCAUCUAGUCCAAUCCCCUGCAAUGCGGGAAUCAUAGAACGCAGAAUCAUAAAAUUAUAAUGUGGUUACUUUUGCUUGUCUUUAACACCACUGUUCUCCUUGCAGGUUGGGUUUCAGAAAAUUUUAACUCUAACCUAUGUGGAUAAGUUGAUAGAUGAUGUUCAUAAGGAGUUCCGAGACAAAUAUCGAAACGAGUUCCAGCAGAAGGGCGCUCUUGGGCUUCUCAAUGGCACCUUUGAUUUUAAGGAGGAUUUUUUACGUCUCCUACGGUAAUAGGAUGUUCUCUUUCAUCUUUUGUUGCUGAUCCUGUGUUUUGCCUCAGAUACCUUGUAUUUUGGAGCUGUAAAUUGGGGGCUUGGCUCAAUAAGAGUAACACGAUCUCCCUCAGUAGAGGUGGGCAGGAAGGAAGUCUGCCUUGCUAGGAACUGCUUGUGUGAACUUUGCUGUGCUCAGCUUUUGCUGUCAGAAUGAAAUUGUAUUUUCCACCUUGAACGGAGUUGCAUUAUAAAUGGGGGGGGGGGAUAUUGAACAAUUCACCAUUGCGCCACCCCAAAGCUGCAUAUGUUUCUUAUGGUUUUGGAGGAAUCCAUUGAAACCUAGCCAAGACAGCAUCAGCAUUCCUUCCCAUAACCCAACAUGACUUUAUUGUACUCCGUAACAUGGGCAAGGUUUGUUGAUGGGUAUUGGCACUACAGUGCUAGCUAGCUAGCCUAGAUGUCUCAUUCCUUUGGGGGCAAGGGGUCCUAUGGCCACAUAGCCCAAGAUCAUCUCUUAAAAGUUGCUUGUUAGAAGAAGUUAGGGAAACAAAUUCCAUGCGGUAAAUAUGCAUCUGUGCUGCCUCCAGCCAGGACAGCUCUAAAAUAAUACAUUUAUUCAUUGUCUGGCAUUGAAUGAGCAUGAUUGGGUAAACCUUUUCCUCUUUGCAAUCAGGGAUGCAGAGGAGAGCAGUAAAGCCCGAGCUCCCACUGCCAUGAAGUCGUUUGAACAGUCGGCAAAAUCCCAAAAAACCGUGAAGUCUAUGAUAGAAAAUCGAGGGGAGAAACCAAAAGAAAAAACCAAGAACAAGAAAAGCAAAGGUUCCAAAAAGGAAGGUGAGUCAGUGUUGCGAUAUGCAAGCAGCAGGCCGUGCCAAACCAGAGGCCUGCUGUGGUGAGGAACUGUGGGGUUUGUGCUAUUUCUGGUGGCUUGCACUUGGGAGCAGAAUCGAUAACAGUCUUAUCCAUGUCCUGUUCGUUAAAAUCAGUUUUAAAUGUCCAGUCUGACAUGCAGUUGCUCAUUUAGUGACAACUGGGGAUACCCUGUUAGCUGAGGAGCUGAAGCAGGAAUGGAGGUCCUCUGGUUCCCCCAUUUGUUGAUGGACUACAACUCCCAUUAUCCCCCGGCCAUUGGCCAUGCUGGCUAGGGUUGAUUUAAACCCCAUCUCUGGUUUAAAUGUUUCAUUUUACAUGUUUUUGUUUUGGUGGAACAUGGAAUUUGCUCAGCACAAAUAUUAUUAUUUUUAAAACUUGCGGUUACCUAAAAACCUCAAAAGCAGGACUUGGCCCUUUUCUCUUAGAACAUUAAGGUAAAGGUAAAGGGACCCCUGACCAUUAGGUCCAGUUGUGACCAACUCUGGGGUUGCAGCGCUCAUCUCGCUUUAUUGGCUGAGGGAGCCGGCGUACAGCUUCCGGGUCAUGUGGCCAGCAUGACUAAGCCACUUCUGGUAAACCAGAGCAGCGCACGGAAACACCGUUUACCUUCCCGCCGGAGCAGUACCUAUUUAUCUACUUGCACUUUGACGUGCUUUCAAACUGCUAGGUUGGCAGGAGCAGGGACUGAGCAACAGGAGCUCACCCCGUCACGGGGAUUCGAACCGCCGACCUUCUGAUCAGCAAGUCCUAGGCUCUGUGGUUUAACCCACAGCGCCACCUGCGUCCCAAUUCUUAGAACAUUAGAUGUUAUUAAAACAGUGCUUUCCGCCUCCCGCCCAGCUCCAGGAAAUGAAGCAGCUACCGUCCCCAAAGCAACCGCGGCUGUUAAGCAGGAUCCUCCCGUUGCCGCUGGAGACAGGGAAGAACUGACCAAGGAUGAGAUCCUGCAGAAGAACCGGGAGGAAUUCUUUAGGAAGCGCAUGAAGGGGGGAGAAAAGUCCAAGUAAGUGAGGCCAUUGCUAAUGAAUAACGCUAUUGGCUCUCCCUUGGCUUUGCAUCCAGAGAGGUGAAGUUGGGUGGUCACAUGGUCCAUAGAGGAAGGGCCGUGGCUUGGUGGCAGAGCAUUUGUUUUAUAUGCAGCAGGUCCCAGAUUCAAGCUCUAGUAGGGCUGGGAAUGUCCUCUCUCUGAAACCCUGGAGAGCCACUAUCAGUCCAUAUAUAGCCCAGACAAAGGUUUACUGCUUCAUUGAGGACUAACUUAAUUUGAGCUGUCUUCACGGCAGGUGACUAUUCUGGAAUGAAUUGGAAAAACAUAACCCAAAGCUUAUUUUUGAGCCAGGGCUUGAAGGAGGCUAGAAUCACUUGCUGUGGUUUUCUGAAUUGGGCAACAGCAGGCUUGGGAGCAAAGUGGAGCACCAGUUUGUCUUACUGUCUUGGAGUAUGCUUCCUUGUUUUUCUAGAGAAUGGUGUUUCCUUGGACUGAUGGGUAGAAUAAAUUAUAAUGCAGAAUGCACACUCAGUCUUUUCUGCUAUGAUUGUUUGUGACCCAGCAAAGUUCAGGGUUCACUGCGAGAGAUGAUUCAGAGCAGGAAUUCUGUUCAGUUUUUUCCUCGUUAACUGCUAAGAUCUACUGGAGUUUCUGUUCUGUCUUCAUUAGCAAGUCUCCGAAGCCAGACACUCAGAAGGACAAGGGGAAGAAGCCCAGAGUGUGGGAACUGGGCAACUCUAAUGCCAAAGUACUUGACUAUAGUAAUUCCACUACCAAUGGAAACGCAGACACUUGUCCCAUGGAGGAGUAUGAUCCAGAAAUGGUAAGAUCCCCAGUCACUAGACAUCCUGGUGGUUCUGUUUCAUGCCUGUGCAUAGUUUUGCAGAGCUACAUUAAGAUGCCUUGCUCUCAAAUCUUCAAGGGUUUACCAGGGUAGCUUGAUUGUGAGGUUUUCAUGCAGUUCUUGUCAUCAAAGCAGAUUUGGUUUCCUAACCAAUGACCAAGCGACACUGUAGAGAAGGUUAAUUGGGGCCGUUGAUUAGAUAAACUGAACAUAGGAAUUUACUGGGAAGAACUGCACAUGGAUGAAGUGUAAUUCUUAGUGUCUCCCUUUCACAAGUGCUGCUGCUAGCAGUAAUCUUGUAAUACAGUAGUGUUGCCAAAGCAGCCUCAGCUGUUAACACGAUGUGACUUGGGGCCCCAUUCACACAAGGAUUUGACUUUUAUUUUGAUUAUCACAUUUCGGUUUUUUGAUGCUCUUGACUUUUAAGUCUUUUGUUGGGAGAGGAAUAAAAGCAAAAAAAGGAACAGAAGUACAGGUUCCCUUUUAAAAGAAGAAGGCAUAUAAAGAGCCUGCUGGAAUCUGACCCAUGGCCCAACUAUUCCAGUAUCCUGUUCUCACAAUGGCCAGUCAGAUGCCUGUGGGAAGCAUGGAAGCAGGUCUUGAGCUCAAGAGCUCUCUUCACUUGUGAUUCCCAGCAAACUGUGCCAUUGUGGUUACUAGAUGCGGGUGGCCUUGCCCUUCAUGAAUUGGUUUAAUCAUCUUUUAAAGCCAUCCAAGUUGGCAGGCAUCCCUGCUUCUCAUGGGAGCAAAUUCCAAGUUUAACUACUCACUGUAUGAAGUAGCAGUUCCUUUUAUCUGUCCCAAAUCUUCCAGGAUUCAGCUUCACUGCAUGCCCAUUCCUAGUGUUAUGAGAGAGGGAGAAUUAACUUUAUCUACUUUCUCUGUGCUAUGCAUCAUUCUGUAAUAUCUGCACCAUGAAACAAAGUAUGCAGGUGUGCCUGUGCUGCUCUCUGCUUCCCAGAAUUCCCUGUCCCAUCAUAGAGCAGAAGGGGGGGAGCCUUUUCCAGCCAAGCGCUGCAUUACCUCAAGGGAAACCCUCCUGGGGCCAUUGAAUGGGAGGAGCCAUGGAUGUGACUCUGAGCUUCCAGACACAGAAACGUCAGAGGCAUUACCACAAAUCAGGGACACAUUCCAGUUUAGCAAAAGCACUUGAUGAGAGCUCAGAGCAGAGAUACUGAGGGGCUUGGCCUGGGGAGACCCCUUAAGGCUGGAUAGAGUCACCUAGGGCACCAUCUGAUCCACAGACCAAAGGUUCCGCAUCCCCUAUAGAGAAUGUGGGGCAACUUUUACUAUAGAGCACUGAUUCUGGGAUAUCCUCUGCUGGAUGUGCUCAUCAAGUAGAAACAGCACCGUGAGCCUCUUGUUCUUAGAACAUGUGUAAAGAGUACAGAAGGAAGAUGCACCCUCCAGAAGUAACUUAAGGUUUACAUGGAGGCAGCCUGAGCUGCUUAGAGUAGUGAGACGCAACAAAGAAGGUUUACAUAAUUCCUGGCCUUUUUUAUCCUCCACCGCAGGUCCUUGGGGAUCGCAACCGUGAGCCUGGCCGUCUCCGUGAUCUUGAAUAUGAGAGUGAAGAGGAUACUGAAGAAGAGAAGGUGGUUCAGAACUCUUCAGGGGCAAGGUAAGGUCCCUCACUAAAGCUCUUCUUCUGUGUUGACUUGAAUGAAACCUUUUGUUUAAUUGACAUUUCCCCUCCUGUAACAUCAUAACACUAUCUUCUUGUUGCCAGUGCAAAGAAGGGUGGCCUUGGAGGCAUGUUUGGGAUGCUUAAGGGUCUUGUGGGCUCCAAAAGCUUAUCCAGAGAGGACAUGGACCCUGUGUUGGAAAAGAUGAAGGAUCACCUGAUCGGUACGUUGGGCUUCCUCUGGAAUUAGGCUGGUGGGGGCUCAAUUUGGUGGCAAUGGGCUGGAUGCUGCCCACUUCCCAUGCAAUUUGUGCUGAGCUGUGCUUAUGAAGGGUCCAAGGUUGACUAUGUCAUUAGUUGGGUUUUAGAAAAGGUCACUGAACUUUCUGAAGGCUAUGCAGAAGGAGAGUUGGAAGGAAGCCUGGGACAAGAAUGGCUAGUUGCUGAAGCUCUUCCAAAGUAGAUUCUGUGCUGCUGGUACCCUAAGCUCCUUCUUUUAUCCUGUUUUCAAAACACCGUUCUCUACUUCCCAUCCGUGUCAAUUGUAGCAUCCAGACAUUCACACCGAGAUGGUUUUAAGGCUCCGCAGGCUGUCAGAAUUGGCCACUCCGGUGCUGUGGUCUAAACCACUGAGCCUAGGGCUUGCUGAUCAGAAGGUCGGCAGUUUGAAUCCCCACGACGGGGUGAGCUCCCAUUGCUCAGUCCCAGCUCUGUCAACCUAGCAGUUCGAAAGCACGUCAAAGUGCAAGUAGAUAAAUAGGUACCGCUCCGGUGGGAAGGUAAACGACGUUUCCGUAUGCUGCUCUGGUUUCGCCAGAAGCAGCUUAGUCAUGCUGGCCACAUGACCUGGAAAAACUACCUGCAGACAAACGUUGGCUCCCUCGGCCAGUAAAACGAGAUCACCACAACCCCAGAGUUGUUUGCGACUGGACUUAACUGUCAGGGGUCCUUUACCUUUACAAUCCAAGCACAUUGGAUGUUGGGCUUGUAAGCAGCCACCCUAGUGCUUAGUGUAAGCUUAUUUGUUUUGAAAGCUUAUUUUUACAAUAUCAGAAAGUUCAGCAAGUGGGCUGUGAGGACUCCACAUUUCCCACACCGGUCAUAAGUAAAGUGGAUUGAACUUCAAAUGGGUUUCAUAUCCCUUUAUUGGAGACUUUAGGUGUCUUUUAAUAGAGCAUACCUGUUGGUGACAACAGCAGGUUAGUAGAAUUGUCCAUUGGCUGCAGGUCCUUUUCCUCUCUUGGGGGACUAGUUUUGCUUUCUACAGCCACCUAUCUUCUCUCUUUUUCUUUUGUUUCUCAUAGCAAUACUUCCUCUCUGGAACUUGAGGCAGCCUACAUAUGGACCCUAGAUGCUUUUUGUAACUAAUGUCUGAAUUUCAGCGUCCUAUGAUGCCUGGCUGAAUUUUGCCUAUUAGGUUUGACGGUGCAGUGGGUUGACUUGGAUGUGAAUAUUCCAAGUUCAGAUCGCUGUAGAGCAUCUCCCACCCUAGGUUAGUCAUCACAGGAUGCUGAAAUUUAGGCGGUAGUUGCGGGUAUCACCAAGGGCCCCUAUGUAGGCCGGAUGUGAGCAGUGUCCUGUCAACAUUGCCAUCCAGUAGUGUUGCUAGGUGGUUAAAAUAUCAUCUCCCACCCUUGGAGAAGCAUAAACUACCAGAGUUAAUAUAAAUUUCCAUUUUAGAGAACGUAAACAAAUCAUUCACCAAAUAGGGUGAACUUAGCAGCAUAACAAUCUUAACUUGCUGUUUUUCCCCCCUCCUGCGAAAAGCUAAGAACGUUGCAGCUGAGAUUGCUGUCCAACUCUGUGAAUCAGUUGCAACAAAGCUGGAAGGGAAAGUGAUGGGCACCUUUACCAGUAAGUUCCCCUUUGUUUUGCUUUGUUUUUUGCAUGCCUUAGCGUGUACUGUAGUCUGGUGACAUUACUUUCCUCGGAUAUAUGCCCAAAUGCUCAUGAUUUCAAAACAGAAUCCUUGGGUGGUAUCCAACAAAGCAAAUCCACUAGAGCCAAGAUUUCCACUUGCACAGCAGAACUCCUGCUUUCUCUCUUCUCCCUCCCCCAAUCUGCUCUGGAGAGUUGAGGAGAAACCCUCAACCUCACAAGAAAAGGUUUAGCAGGACCCAUGGGGAGGCGGGGGGCAAGUUCUGUUCCGCAGCCAAAAGCCCUUCUGCAAGCGGAACUACUUCGCUGGAUACUACUUAUUGUGUCUAAAAGAAACCAAAUUAGAUUGUGAGAACAGAUCUUUAGUGAAACUGACAAUCUAACACCAGGAAAGACUGUACAGCAGCCACAUACUCUAUAACAUGUCAUGCCAGUGUGCCAAAGUCCACAAAGAUAGUAACACUACACAUGCGUAAGCCCACUUACGGGCACAGUGUUUCUAGAAUGUUACCAGGCUGUGCCUUCGUUUUACUCCAAUAUAUUAUUUUGUUGGUACCCUGUACCAAUGUGUUCCUUCCCAGUUUCACCAUAGAUCUGCUCUUGUGGAAGCAAAUUCCUCACUCAGUAAAUGUGGUCAGGGUCAGGGUGCAACUGCUGCUCACCAAAUGUGAGUAGUUACUAUUUUUAUUAUUGUCUCCCCAGCUGCCUAUGCUAGAGUCUUGUUGCUUGCUUAACCUUGUCUCCAGUUGGCAUGUUUUGACUUCUGCUGCUACUGCUGGGAUGUGGGAAGAAAUAACCCAAAGCGGAUUUGUCCAUUGGGAAUCUGCUUCCCUGUGGGUUCACGAAUGCUUAACCUUCUGCAUUUCUGGAUACCACCAGUGUAUGGGAGACUUAUUUGAAAGCACACCCCGCAGGACUUUGUGAAGGGCAAAUUUAUAUCCUUGGCAUUAGUAAGUUUUGACUGCUCUCACAGAGAAGAGGGAUUGCUUGCCCAACGGCCACAAGAGCAAGCUGUACAAAUAUAUCACUUUUUAAAGAAAAAAUCAAUGUUACUCCAGAAAGCUGAUGGCUUCUAAAGAGGGGCUGUGAGAGUGACUGAAAAUCAUGAGCCCUGGAGUGUCCUGUCAGUUGAAUACUUGCACAGAAUACUGAACACGAUCAGUUGCUGAUACAGAGAGAGUGGUAGGCCAAUGAUCCUCAGAGAAGGGUAGGUCGAACCUAAGACCAGAUGUGGAGAAACCAAGCUCGUUUGGAGAGGAAAUGGGAACUUUUGCAUUCCCGUUGUCCAGAUGCUUCAUCCUGGUCCUCCUGAAAUGGACACAGCAUCAUUUCUGCAAGGAAAGCAGAGCUGGGCCUGUUCACAUCACAGUUUACUUUGAUGCACUUCUGAUUAAAAGGUGGGAUAAGUGUGGGAAAGAGUAUGUGGGGCCCUUCAAUCUAAAAAUGACAAUGUGCUUCCAACUUCCCAGCGGUGACCUCAACUGUGAAGCAAGCCCUUCAAGAAUCCCUGGUGCAGAUCCUGCAGCCUCAGCGCCGGGUGGAUGUCUUGCGCUCUGUGAUGGAAGCCCAGCGUCACCGUCGACCUUAUGUCAUCACUUUCUGUGGUGUCAAUGGAGUUGGCAAGUCAACUAACUUGGCCAAGGUACUUGGAAGGGGCUGCAUGUGCGUGGAUUUUGGGAACUGGGUGAAGUUGGGAGGGAAACCGGCUCAGGUUUGGGUAAUGCAGGAUGGUAGAGCACUGUUGCUAUUGCGCAAGGCAAAGAGGAAGAUGGUGGCAUGUCUGGUCAUAUCAUGGAGAUCUAAAUGGAAGGCCCCAACCCUUGCUCAAGAGAUCUCCUGAUAUAUAAAGCAUUGCACUAGCAAACAUUGGUUUAUCCAGCUCAGUAUUUUCUGUGCUCAUUGGCAGGGACUCUCAAGAUGUUUAAAGGAGAGGCCUGGGAUAGAACUGGGAAUCUUCUGUGCUCAAAGCAGAUGCUCUGUGACUGAGUUGCAGCCCUUUCCCAGUUGCUGUUGCAUGUUGUCCACUCUGUCCCUGUCGAAAUCUAUAAAAAAUUCUGUCUAAAGAGGAAGCAUCAAGAAGGUAACUUGAAGUUGGACUGAGACCUGGAGUGCUACAAAUUAGCAUUUUCCUGGGUGGCCGCCUAGUAGCCCAUAUCUAGCUUCUGAAGCAAUGUUGUUUCACUCAUAGCUUCUUGAUAGAAUUCUCAGUCUUGGCUUCUAAAGUACUAUGGCAUUUGCAAAUGUCACAGCCGUCAGUGCCCCCAUAAAAUCUUGUCUCCUGUUCUCAGCAUUUUAUGUUCUCACACGCAAAGGGCUGGUUCAUGCGUUUAUCUUCUUCACACAUCAACUGCAGUAUAAACACAUGGCUUGCCUGCAUGGAUGUGAUGCUACAGACAGAACAUACAUCACCAUUGUCCACCUGCAAGCAAUGCUUUUCAACAACGGGUUCAUACAUUCACCUAAGCGUCCUCAAGUGUUCGGUAAUUCAGUGAUGAACAUGCUAUGCAUCCACCAGCCCUCACCUGUGCGGGGGCACGUGUUCAUUUUCACUUUCCAGAUUUUGCAAGGCUCUCUGCCCAUAUUCCAAGCAGAUCUUUCUAGCAAUAAAAGUUUAUUUGGACGCCAAAUUUCUGCAUCCAACCAGCAUUAGGGGGGCUGGCACAGCAGAUGUACUGCCUAUCUAGAGCCUUGUUAUUACUUGGCAGGAAGCAAAGCUGCGAGGUCCUUUGGGAAGUUGCGUAGAGAUGGUGGAUGGUAGGUGAUGGAAGCGGUAACCUUCUUCUGCCUGCCCCUCAGAUCUCAUUCUGGCUGAUUGAAAACGGUUUUAGUGUCCUCAUUGCGGCCUGCGACACAUUCCGUGCUGGUGCUGUAGAGCAGCUGCGGACUCACACUCGCCGCUUGAAUGCUCUUCACCCUCCAGAAAACCACAGCGGCCGCACAAUGGUGCAGCUUUAUGAGAAGGGAUAUGGGAAGGAUGCGGCCGGCAUUGCCAUGGAGGCCAUUUCGUACGGUGAGGCCUUUCUCCCUGCUUCCCCCUUAUUUCUGAAUUCUUCAUGUCUUCCUUAGCAAUCCUAGCCACUGCAUGCCUGUAGCUGAAAUUUCUUUUUCCUGUUGCUUCCCCUCCCCCUCCCCCAAAUACAGGGAUAUUCCAGAUGCUAAAUACUCUCCUCUGCUCUCCAGCCAAUAGGAAGCAGUGGGACUGGCCUGUGGGAACAUCUCAACCACCCUAAAUCCAGUUCCUUCUCCUCCUCUGCAAGAGAAGGAAUAUGAUUUACAGCAUCUGUCAUUCUAGCCAUAACCGGGAAGGCUUCAGGUUGAGUGAACAGAAGGGUCCAUGACAGUCAUAAGGGAUAGAAACAUCCUCAGUUUGGGAAUCAUGUAUAAAGAACAGUAUUUGGCAUCCUGAAAAACAGACUUUUUAAAAAAGGUUAAUAUUUAUGGCUAUGAAGGCAAGUCUGAAAACGUUUGGGCAAUGAGUUUGAAAUCUCAGAAGAGAGAUUUGAGGAAGGCAAUAGCCAACAGAGUACAGUUUUAAUCUGAGGGUGGGAGGAAUGUAAACAUUAGGCAGAUCUGAUUAAUUUGCAGAAUUUUGCAGUUCCUGACAUAGGAUCAUGGAGGGGAAUAAGUGGUAAAUAAUACUCUUGUUUUGUACUCCAGUUUCCACUAGAAAAUUUACCAGACCUGCCAUACACACUCAGAAAACUUACCGUAUUUCUCGCUCCAUAAGACGCACCAGACCACAAGACGCACCUCGUUUUUGGAGGAGGAAAACAAGAAAAAAAAUAUUCUGAAUCUCAGAAGCCAGAACAGCAAGAGGGAUUGCUGCGCAGCGAAAGCAGCAAUCCCUCUUGCUGUUCUGGCUUCUGGGAUAGCUGCGCAGCCUGCAUUCGCUCCAUAAGACGCACACACAUUUUCCCUCACUUUUUAGGAGAAAAAAAGUGAGUCUUAUAGAGCAAAAAAUACGGUACUUUGGCUGUUUGCUGGCCCUGCUUUGCACUUCAUUUCAUUAAAAAAGCCAGCUGGUAAAUCCGAAGGCAACUCCCAUUCAAAGCUGUAGGCUUGGAUUUCCCCUCCCCCAGCUGUUGCUGGAUUUAUUUAUUCCUUCUAAUAAACAUAUCCUUUUUAUCUUCUCAGCACGUAACCAGGGUUUCGAUGUGGUCUUGGUGGACACAGCAGGCCGUAUGCAAGACAAUGCUCCUUUGAUGACAGCUCUGGCUAAGCUCAUUGCAGUCAACACCCCUGACCUUGUCCUGUUUGUGGGGGAAGCCUUGGUGGGAAAUGAGGCUGUAGAUCAGCUGGUUAGUUCCUCAGAUUACUACUUAAGAUUCAAAACUCAAGAGGUGGCAAAUGCAUACCUCCUUUUGAGUGCUUCUUUACACAACAAUGGUAUACCUAGUCAUGUCUGUUCGCAUGCAACGAAUAUAUGGUAGUCGUACCUUGGAUCCCAAACUCUGACGUUAUGGCUCCAGUUUGCAAAUGUUCUUUGUUUUUUUUUGUUUUUUUUUUAAAUAAUUUUUAUUAAAGUUUUAAACAAAGAAAAAAGAAAAAACAACACACACAAAAAAAAAACACAAUACAAAUUUUAACAAUAAAAACACACAACAUAACAAUUUAAAACAACCUCUCUUUUACGUUCCCAAUUUUAAAUUACUUAUUUUCUGGACUUCCUCAUACCUCCCUCUUUUGUAUUCCAAUCUACAUUAUUUGUCCAGCAAUUUCUUUUCCACUUUUUAAACCCAAUCUUUAAUUUAAUAAAAUAUUAAACUAUAUAACAUAAACAUAAUCCUUGUUUUUAAUGUCAUAUACCUUUAAAUUUUUCCCAAUCUUAAUCUUUAAUCUUAAUCUAUCCUAGCUUUAACCUGUACAGCUGGAAACCACUUAUUUUCAAUCCAACAUCACUCUAACAUUCCUUAAUUUUGCAGUGUUUCUGAAGAUAGUCUUUGAAUUUCUUCCAAUCUUCCUCCAUCGACUCUUCUCCCUGGUCACGGAUUCUGCCAGUCAUUUCCGUGCAAAUGUUCUUUGGAAACCGAACCUCCAACAGGGCUUACAGGGCUUCUGAUUGGCUGCCACGGUUUCCAAAUGUUUUGGAAGUCGAACGGACUUCCAGAACGGAUUCCGUUCGACUUCCAAGGUACGACUGUACAGGCAACUCUCCUAUUACACUGGGGAUGUGGCCAUGGGGUAGCACCUAAAGCCAAAAUUGCUUAUUGUCAAAGCACUUUGGGUUCAGUGACACCCCCUUCCAAUUUAUUUAUUUGCCAGGCGUGUAAAACUGAAUACACCCAAGUUAAGUGUGUGUGUGUGUGUGUUGCCUGUAUGGGCACAUGCAUCAUAGCAUGGGGGAGGUGCUGGGAAUCACCAAAGACCCCCCCCCCACUGCAUUCGUACUUAGUGGCAAUUAGACGUUGACUGCAACAUAAAUUGGUAAAAAUAGUCACAAUACCUGUGUGUUAGCAGACAUGUGUACAGCCCCUCAGUGAGCCUUGUGCAAGAGCAUUGCCAAACCUGUUUCACCGUUUGCUUUCCUCUACACCAGGUCAAGUUCAACAAAGCCCUUGCUGAUCACUCCAUGGCUCAGACCCCACGCCUCAUUGAUGGAAUCGUGCUCACCAAAUUUGAUACCAUAGACGACAAGGUAAAUGGGGCCCAUAGCUUGCAAUUGUUUGGGGGUUUGGUGGGAGGAGUUUUUCUUUUUUGAUGGAAAAAGCAGCAGCUGCUUCUUUUUGCUAUGGCUCCGGGGAGGUGGGCAAUGUCAGGCCUCCUGUCUGCUAUGGGCAAUCCCCACUCUCCCCAGGCUGCACCUCUCGCUGGCUUUGCUCUACUCUCUCGAGUGCUUUUGCCUGGUUGGAAUAUGUGGUUGAACUGUGAUAAUGCCUCCUGCUUUGCCUGGGUGGAGAGGUGUGUUGGGGAGGGAAGACCUGAUCUUCUCAUACGGGUGGAAUGUAGCCAUUCCACGAAGGGAGGAGUCACAUUUGUUGCUCCGCCCAUACAAGCCUUUGGCCCUGUCCACCACUGGCCUGUGCCCCCCCCCCCAAAGAUGCUCAAUGGAUCGCAAGGUAAUGUGGGCCAUUGGGUUGAAAAGGUUCCCCCCCCCCUUGCUUUGGCAGUUUUUACCAGCUAAUAAGCUUUUUCUGUGGACAUUUUAGCAAACACAGUUCUCUGAAGUACUCAACAGAAUCAAAAAGCACUGGAUAAUUUUGGAAGGCUUACUAAAUACAUCUUUCUUCCAUCCAUGGGAUUCACCCCUUCCAGUUUUGUGCUGUUCUGCCACCUAAAGCUUUUGAUUGUUUCUAGAUUAUGAUCUGGCAAGCCUCUUUUAAGUUACAGAAGGGCUUUCUGGGGCCCGUAAUAGGUUUUUUUCCUUUCUAAAAUGUUCAGUUGAGUGCUAUGCCACAUACUUUUGAACCUUUCUCUUGAUUUUUUUUUUUAAAGAAGCCUUGUGAUGUGGUUGCAGGGGACGCAUAGCUGGAGCCUAUACACUAGGGCUGGGGCGACAUUUGGUUUUCAACAUUGUGAUAGAUCGGCAGCUAAAUACCAGCAUAUGCUGAUUUAUCACGUUGUCUGGAAUGUUUCUCGGCCGUUUCUUCCUCCCCACCAUAGAGCAGGAAGAACAGCCGAUCAGCCCUGUGACAGUGAGCAAACCUUGAAAGCCUUUUCGGCUCACGCGUGAACUGGAGGGACAUUGGAGCUUCCUUGUUGGGGAACAGUAUUCCACAGUGGGGGCCAUCUUCUUUUAUCGAGGUGGCAGUCUGAGCAGAUGACAAAGGAUCAAGGCAGGUUCAUUGGGGGAAAAUGCCCUUUUAAAAUCCCCGUAUGGUAUUUUACCAUAUGUAUUUUACCCCGUAUGGUAUUUUAAAAUUCCCGUAUGGUACCUUUAGGAGGGGGAAAAACUGGCUAACAUCAGUGGGUAUAUCUCCCACAUCCUAGACCAGCCUUCCCCAACCUAGUAGACUAGACACAAGGCACAUCUAGUAGCUUUUUUUUUUUUUUUAAUGAGAGGCUGUAACCAAGGAUUUCUUAAACCCCCCCCCCCCGAUGCAAUUUCACUGUACACAAUGAUACUACAUCGUCCUUUCCUACACUAACAGCUGCUCCUUUUCUCCCCAGGUUGGCGCUGCAAUUUCCAUGACAUACAUCACUAGUAAACCAAUCGUGUUUGUUGGUACUGGACAGACCUACUGUGACCUGCGUAGCCUUAAUGCCAAGGCUGUGGUUGCUGCUCUCAUGAAGGCCUAACCACCAGUUAUUGCACCAAAUUCCUGUCUGCAGAUGUCUCAGAAUGUGCUUUCCAGCGUGACUGUUUUUAGAAACACCCCUCCCCCCCCCCCGUUUUUGGCAUAGUGCAACACAGAAUGGAGGGAUGCUAGAAAAAAGCUGCUUACCUGGCUUUCGGUCCUUCUCCUCUUGAUUUUGCUAACACACACCUUCCUUGAUGUGAUGUGUGGGAUUAAUUGUAGCAAGAGGUGCCUGUCUUCCUUUGAAUUCUACUUACUUUCAUACACAUUGGCUCUAAAAGUGUUCCGGGGUUGUCUUCACUUUUCCCACUGAGCCCUCUUUCCUGUUCCCCUUCAUUCUGCCUGCUUAGACAGUCCAAAGCCAGAGCUUUGGUUCUCUCCCUGACCCCACUCCAUCCCAGGUUAGCGGGUACGAUAAAAUUUUGUGGGGCGGGGGAUUGUUCUGCCACUACCUAAGCAUCUAUGAACUCUGCUGUCUUUUAAAACUCUUCUCUCCGGCCACGGGGUAGAGCGGAUACUGCCUACAGGCAGCUCUGCUCUUAUCAAGCUUCACAUUUGCCGAUAGCUUUGAACACAGUAGUUCACCAAAGCUUUCAAACCAAAAAAACGAAGAUAGAUACCAGAGUAAAUUCCUGCUUAACAGGGUGGCUGUUGAUGCCUUAAAAUGGUCCUUCUUUCUACUGUCAGUGGGACUCUUUACAGCAGGGCCCUCCAGACACUGCCCCAGACUGUAGCAUUUGUGUGGAAAAUGCAGGAACCCGUGAUGCCAUCCUAAUGACAUAUUUACAAGUGGGGGUGACAUCCAUUUCUUUUUCUAAUAAUGUCACUCCAGCUGAUCAGUGAGCUGCUUUGGGUGCAUUUUUUGGGGGGGUGGGGUGGGGUUGAAUUAUAGGCCGAUUCUCAGACAACGGUUGUGCUUGCUGCUGGCCAUCAAGACUCUUCCUCCGAUUCCUUUGCUGUGAGCACAUGCUAUAACUUUGCACACUAUUGAAUGUGCAUAUGCAAAAUGGAAGCUUGCGACUUACAAUGCUUCAAAUAAUCCCUUUGCCCAGCACAGUCCUAAUUCAGACCAAGGGAGGGGGAGUUAACAUCUGUGCUUCCAGGAAGAGCUGGUUAUGUGAAAAAUUAGAGGAGGAAUUGCGGGUAUAUUCUGUACUGAACAAACUGCCCUUGCUGCUGACACAGGAUUCUGGUCCCAUAACUCACGGCCUCACCUCCCACCUAAUCAUCAGAGGAUGGAUUGAAACUGGUCAACACAAGCCUUUGCAUGCUCUCCCGCCUGCACUGGCUUUUUGCUUUUCUAAACCAGUCUGUGACAGGAAUUUUCUGGUGGGUGCUUGCUGCUUUUCUUCCCCCUCCCUUCAGAGUGCCUCUUGAUCCUGGUAUAAAGUGCUAUGUUAAAUACUACAAAACUCUCUAUGAAGAUGUCUCGUAGCUCGGUAUUGCAGAUGUGCUCUAGUGCAAUAAGUUGAAUGCUGUCUGCUAAAAGGUAAUUUAUAUAAUAAAACUUCAUUAAAAAAACCACACACGUGAUUUCCUUUGUUGUUAGGCGCAGCAGCAUAAAAAUCCAGGGCUUCAGACUGUUCCAGAAAACCCCUCAGACCAGGAAUGGCAAGCAAGCUUCCUAGGGCUGAUCCCUUUCCUGCUGAUCUUUUCCCUCAAUGCAUGGCUGCAGGCAAGUUCUAUGUGAACCCGAUGUACAUCUUUGAAAGCUCUCCAGGAUCCUCUGCAAACACAGAGGUUUCUCUUAAUGCGUGGCAGUGGCUGGUUAGUGACUUUAAAGUCUGUGGCCUCAACUCUUUCCUAGGAGGUGGCUUACAAGACCUUCUCAUUUAGCCCAGUUUCAUGUCCUCAGUGAGCUCCCAUACAAUCCAGGGAAUGUAGGAAUUCUGCUGCAGCAGAUGAAAACUGCACUGCAUGUAACAGCACCUUCCCAACUGUCAUACUUGGGAGCAUGAAGGCUCUAGGGACCACCCCAUGUCACAGCUACAGUGCCUCUCUGGCCAUCGCUUCCACCAUGAAUUUGUCUAAAGUCACUCUUAAGCCAGAGAUAAGUGAACAUCCUUUUUAUUUAUUAUAGCUCCAAACAUAUAAAACACUGUAUAAAGAAAAGACUUAGAAAACUAGAGCUUCAAGUAAUUCUUUUUUUAAAAAAAUGCUUGCAUUUUAGUUGAAACCCUUACAGAAUACAAAAGCACUAGUAGCAAACUCUUGCUCAGUGGGAGAGAGGACGGAUCUCUCUGCAGAUACAACCUUAAAUAGAAAAAAAACAAAACACGACAUCACAUUGGUAAGACAAAUCUCCAUGCCCAGAUCCAAAGGGUCCAAGACGAGUUGCUGAGUCCAAAAGUACGCUUUACAGUUUCAUGUUCAUGGGGCGGCAGCUAGAACAAAAAAUGGGCCGUUCCAAGAACCAACUGCGGCAAAGGCAGUGCUUUUUCUUCCCUAAGCAACGUUUGAGAUAGUCACGUCUUACAAGGAGCUUGUCAGCAUCUUGCUUUUACAUCAUUAGAAGGGGUUAACCUGUACGAUGGUGUUGCUCAGAUGGGAGUGCUUUGCAUUCUCGCCUGCUGUACCCUGUGUAGAAUUAGUGUCUUCAGGUGUCACUGGGCGGAUAUUUUGGACACUGGCCUUAAAACCGAAGGCAGUAGGAGAAAUCCUAACAAAACCCAUGGACAACUAGAGAGGGUUAGUAACAAAAGGAGCUGGUUAAAAGGGGGAACGGGGUUGGAUGGCAAACCAGCUCUUGGAGAAAUUAAAACGGCAGACACUCGAGAUCACUUGUGACGGGGCAAAUGGCCCCCUCCGUAUUAGCCACAUUAUUUAUAUGGCUUCCAUUCUUAAACAUUUGGGUCUAGGUUUAGCCCUGUUCAAAGCACAACUAAGGGGGGCUGGGGGCAUGCGUCCCCACCCUGACCUUCCAGCAUUUACCAGGAAGUCUAAAGGGGAUUUCCACAUGCAUCUGACUGCUUAGAGGCUUCUGUGAGUGCAAAUCCCACCUGCUCAAGACUCAAAUUAUGCAGAGGCUCCUAAGAGCACUCAGUCAAAGGCUCUUGCAAGCCCCUUCAAACCGCCAUUCAACACGGAGGGUCUUUUUUUUUCUUUUUUGGAGGGGGUGGUAGGAAACAUUGGGGCUGGUGCAGACAGGAAGGCUAGGAACCAGGCUAGCAUCCUGACAUUCCCUACUAGUAUUUACAUUCCCAGUUCAGGAAUAAUGCCCGCACAGGGGUUUGUGGAGUCGUAUUCAGCCUUGCAAUGGGUACAGGAAGACAUAGGAACACUUGCUGUGCAUGCUCUGUUGUUGCAUCCCAACUAUAACAUGUGUUUCCUGUUCCCAUGCCCAGGGAGUCUGUUAAGGAGGGAGAGGAUUCACUAAUCUGGAACAAUAUUGCUCUAAUGGAUGCAAGUCGCAUCCAACGUAGUGCUAAGUUAGAAGUUGCUUAGCGGUAUGCUUGUCGCACAAGGGAAAACAAGCACACUACCAAAGGUGGUUGGGCAACAGACUGCACAAGAAUCGGCCAUUGCACAAGUUUCCGCUAGCCCAAGUGUUGCAGAGUCUUUAACCUCUGUGAUCCACUGGUGUUAAGGCUCUUGUGCUAGUGGAUAAGAGAAUGCCGGAUAUGAUCCUCAGUUGCUAAGUAUCACUCCACAAGGAUUUUCUAUGGUCUGUUUAAGGGGAAUCUUUGCCUCUCCAGAUAUUGUUGCUCUCCUAUCAGCCCCUAUCAUUCCGCACCAUUCGCCACGCUGGCUGGGUUUCAUGUGAACUGGGAGUUCAACAACAUCUGGAGGGCCACAAUUUCCCUCUUCUCUGGCGCAAUCUGACAAAAUUAGCUGCCAAGGCGUCCUACUGCUUCCAGCUUUAACAAAGUUCUUACCCAGGCUGAGCCGAGUUGUGAUAAUGUGGAAAUUCCCUUUAAAAAAAACCUUCCACCUUAAGAAACAAGACAAUUUUCAAAUUAGCCCACAUGAACUGCAAAACGAAUCCUCCACUGGUAUCACUACUGCUUUCCUUUUUCAGGAGCCUGCCACCACCACAGCUUGAACACUGCGCGUUGCAGUUUGGAGGCAGAAAGGUGUCCUCACUCGUUCUUACUAAGGAAUCUUCCACUUUCUGCAAGAUACCUUCUUAAGUCGUGAUCUCUUAUCAUGCACGAGAGAGCACCCACUUCAGUGUGGGUGGUGGUAGCAGCUGCAGGUUAGCAAAAUUUGUCUCUCCAGAGCUGGCCUUAAGGAGUGUCGAGUAUUAAGUAAGCUCCCUACCUUUGAUUUCCGUGUGGGCUGCAGCCAUGCCAUUUAGCUGUCCCUCCCGAGGUGGACCUGGAAAGGGGGCGGGGAAUCGAAGUUAUUUGGAGGUGACACGUUAGCAGCGACCCACAAAAAAUGUGUGAGAGCGUCUUGCAUCUAUGCUAGCCUCCCAAACUCCACUAAUGGUCUUGAGUUGUAGUCGAUGCUAGUCCUACUCUGAGUAGACCCGUUGGGAGUUCAUGUCUUGGGUUCAGGCAUUUCUACGGUUCUACCCUGCGUAGAACUUUGUGAGAUACAACCCCUUUCCCCCUAGAAUGGUUUCCCUUUGGAUUGUGCCCAUUUAUAAAAGGUACUAUGGGGGGGGGGGGGAGGUGGUAAGUUGUUUGCUUAAAAUAUUGUGACGAGACACCCACAGGAAUCUUCGGAAAGGCUGCGUCCAGCCCCUUUUGGCAGCUUCCAACUCUAAGCUGCCAUUCAUUAUAUAAAGGGAGUGUGUUGGUGUGGGAAGCUUUCCAUGCUUCUGGAAUUUCAUUGGGAAUAUAUUUAUUUCACAAAGAACAGAUGGUAUUGGAGAAAGGAGGUGGUAGCUGAGAAUUGGCAGUUGGGGGUUGGUUAGUUAUCCUGUUCUAUCUUGAUUUUGAAGGCGAGAGGUUUGGAGACUCCACUUAGAUGCUGCCUAGAGGAGUUUGCAAAUAAUACUUGCUGCCAGCCUGACAAGCAAAGAUUUAUUUUCAACUAUUUGUGUAAGGCACAUAUUUUUCUUAAUCACCAAUAGCUAACAAGUGUUCCAUGCUUCUGACCUCUUGUAUAAAGUUAUGCAAAUGCACCUAAUUUGCUUAACGUAUACAGCUGCAUACAUUGUGCUGGUUUUGCUAUGAUGAGGCGGAGCAAAGGGCAAUACAGGACACAGAAGCCCCUCUUUUUCCACCCAUCCUCUAAAAGUCUUACUUCGUUCACCUGUUUGGCUUCUUGCUUUUUGUUUUCAAUGAAAGCAAGGGUGCUCAGGGGAGCCAAAUUGUGGGUCUGGUACUACACAUUUGUAUUGUCCACACAGAAGUUUCAGUGCUCUGAAGGCAUGCGAGGCCAUAACCUGGCUGGAACUAAGCAAAUCUGGAUCUGGCAAGUGCCUAGAGAACAAACCCAGGGGGAAUCCCUUCUAGGCCACCUCAAGUUAAAGGGAAGCAAUGUGAGAUGUGAAUGUGAUAAAGUCAAAAUUCAAUAAAAGACGCAAUGUUAGAGGGCUACAGAUAGGUUUGGGACUUCAGUUCCCAUCAGCCCCAGAUGGAAUGGUCAAUGGUCAGGGCUAAUGGGAGCUGGAGUUCAGCAACGUCUGGAUGUCUUGCAGGCUCCCCUUCUCUGCACUAGGAAGACAGCCAGUCCUCUUACCUGCUCGACCCCGGUUGGAGAUCUCAUUUGCCAGCCUCUCAAAAUAAUCAGGCAAGUCUGCGUAUUCGUUCCCAUAUGAGAUCACUUUAAUCCCUUUGUCCAGCAUGUUUUCUCUGAGCUUCUUGAACUCGUCCACAUCCCCACGGCGCACGAGCAUAAAGUGCUCCAGAUCAGAUUUGUGCUUCACAGCUUCUAGGAAGAGGGCUUGGAAAGUUGUGUCGUCCACAGUCCAGCCACAGCCCAGGAACAGGAACGAUUUGGCUUCAUACAGCUUCUGGAUCUCUCGCUUUAGGAAAGGGAAAAGGGAAAGUGUACAGAAUAUCGAUUUUCAUUAGGGCUGUGGAGUUUUAGAAUUGGAAGGAACCAAAGGUCAGCUUGGGUAGCUCCAUGUAACAAAAGCAAGAAUUGUCUGGUGCAGGGAUGAAGAGCCAGUGGACCUCCAGAUGUCCUACCAUCUGCCAUCAUUCCAGACCAUUUGUCAUGUGAGCUGCAGCUAAUGGGAGUUAGAUUCUAGCAACAGCUGAAGAAUCAUAGGUUCCCCACUCCUAAGGGAUCAACAAGAGCACUACAACGUCCUCAUCCCUGAUUUGAGUGGCUAGAAAGCCCAGCAAAGUCAGCCCAGCCUUGUCCAUUUUUGAGUCAAGCCACGGUGGGCAGGAGAAGUCUAACCCUCCUUAUACCUACACACAAACAAAAACACGAGCAGCCAUCCAGUCACUAGUCAAUCUGAACUUGAUAAUUCCUUUCUGGCCUCAAGUGCAAUAAAUUAGUAAUAAUAAUUGUUUAUAUGUCACCCACCUGACCAGGUUACCCCUGUCACUGGGCAGCUGCCAACAAAUUAAAACACAGUAAGACAUCACACAUUAAAAACUUCCCUAUACAGGGCUGCUUUCAGAUGUCUCUAGUUUGUGCAGUUGCCUUAAUGCAUCACACCAUCUGCCAUUCCAGUGACUUGCUACUGAGCUGUUAAAUUUGUUGACAGUUAAAAGCACUAAUUGGUAUCAACUCUACAUCCUGAUCCAGCUCUCUGUAUGCAUAAACAAGAAGUUAAUAUGCGAUUUAAUUACACAAGAAGGUGGGGGGGUGCACGCACAUAUGAAUUAAAAACCAGUAUAGUGCAGGUAAGACUUGCACCCAUAGUUUGCACACCUGCAAAAGCAGGCGCUGCACAUGUGUAAAGUCUGUUUAUGCACAAUCGCCUUUUUAUAGUUAAGGGAACCUGUCUUGUUCGGCGGGUUCUUUAGAAGACAUUCCUGGUUGUUCGAAGCAUUCAGGGCUUGAUACUCAUAUCAGGGAUGAGGAAACUGUACCCUCCAGAUGUUGUUGUAUCAUCCCCAACCAACAGCCCUGUUGGCUGGGGCUGAUGGGAGUUGGAGUCCAACAACAUCUGGAGGGCCACAGAGUCCUCAUCCCGGACUUAUAUACUGGCAGCACUCAUCCUUCAGCAAGAGACAAGAAGGCCCAGACAGGGCUGCAAAUCUCACCAUAACCUCUGUGUUGCGUAGCACAUUCUGGUAGCCGGCUGGGUGCAGUACUAUCCCACUGGGGUUUGUGUACACACCGUGGAUAUGUAGGACACUGAGCUUCCUUUUCUCCUGCGCCCACUCCAGCACCUGUAUGGGAUUUCAAAAGCAGCGCUCAGCGUCAACAGACCCAGAAAGUACCAUUCCCUUUGGCUUCUACAACCUACUGGGCUUUGAGCUGAGUGAGAAGUGAGUGGCCUGUAGGGCAGGGUGAAGAGCAGGAAUGCCUUUAUUUAUUUUCAAGCCCACAUUCCAGGAACUGAGCACCCUGCAAAUAUGUUUAUAGGCUUCCUGCCUCGGGGCGGGAGGGAUGGCUCUCAGAAUCUAUAAACACAAUAAAUUCCACACACACGCAAGCUCUCUCAGCCCCAGGGAUGUAUUUUUCUGAACUUCUCGGCAUCAGACCCCAUGCUACUGCACACAGUUGGGUUCCUUUGUGAAGGAUGUUCUCAGGCUUAUGGUGGGACAACAGCUGCAGCCCACGCAGGGUAAAAAGUGGUAUCCUUUGACUGCUACAGCUUGAGUCAACAUUGCUGCAUAACAUUGACAUUUGCCCCCCACCCAUAAAGACUUUCUUGAGGGAAGACCCUCCAGUUGCCUUUUGCUCCCUAUAGCCAUUUCCUGUAUACUGUACUAGGUUUUGAGCUAAUGAAAACAGAAAUCCAAAUCAAUCGCCAUUGUGGCACCUGUCCCAUCUCCUCCCGUCUGAGGAUUGUCUACAAUGUUGUGUGCAGCAGGGCUCCCUUUCCUCUCCUCCCUGCAUGAGACUUCAAAAUCUGCUGGGGAGAAUUCUCCAACUCUCCAGACUGCAGAUUUUCAGAGUGUGCUGGGAGCUGCAGGAGAGGGGAAAUUGCAUUGUGCAAACAGAAGUCUGCUAUGCUAGUGGAACAGCACCUACUCUUCAAAUCUUUGCUGUUGUCCUGUUUCUUGCUCAAAAUAUUGUUUCCUGCAUUUUGGAAGCACACAAUAAGCAACUCUAGGCCAAUUUGUUUAAUAAGCAUAAUGUAUUUGGGAUUAUCUAAUUUUAUCUUUUUUUUUGGCACAAAUGCAACCCAUUCUGGGUUUUUACCCACUAGUACAUUCAUGACUGUUACAGGCAAAAAACUAAAUUCAGAAUUGCACACUAUAGGACCAUAUUCUCCCCCAGCUCUCUUUACAUUCCUUCCCUGAAAUUUAGUACUUUUCCUCCCUAAAAUAGGAGUUGCAGGAGCCUUCUCUAAACCAAGUUUGGCACAGGGGAAGUUUUCCAAAUGUACUUCAACAGGUACUAUCAUAACACUGCCACGAUUUAUUGUGUUUAACAUUUCAUUCUCAUGUAGCUCAUCUUCUGUUUAUUCUCCCUUGCCCCAGUCAGGAGUAUUAUCACGCUGAAAAGUUACGCAGGAAGCAGAAAUCAAGGACGUACAUGGAAAACCAGGCAUACGUAAUCAAAAGGAACUCGCAAGAAAUAAACUCUCCUUUUGCUGUUUACAUGGCUUUUGGAGUAAAGCCAGGCACUCAGUCCAUUCCAACAAAAGAGGAGCUGCUUACAGGAAUUUCAGCUUUUGGAAGCUGAAAAACAGGGGUGGACUUUGGAGAAAGGCCCAAGCUCAGUGGUAGAGCAGGCAGAAGAUGCCUGGUUUAAUCCUCAUCCUCUCCAGGGAGGGUUGGAAAUGUCCUCCGUCUGAAACAUUGGAGAGACGCUGCCACUCCAGGUUGAAAAUAUUAAGCCAACCUGCCUCAGAAUGAGGCAGCUUUCUUAGGUUGCUUCUAACUUUAUAGCCUACUUUGUUAAACUCCACUUUAAGUCAACACUAUAAAUACCCCUGGAAUCUGCCGAAGUGCAUUAGUAGCCUUGUGAUUUCAAAAAAGAAAAAGGAACUUCCCGUGAAUAUUAACACUUGCAGACAUGAGAAGAAUACAAGAGAAAGCAGAGCUGCGGGGUCUAGUCAUUUUUGUUUGUGCGUGAAAGAGGCUGCUUGGUGAGGAUGCAUAUAGGGGCUUUAGUAUUGAAUUAAAUAGUUACAUUAAUUGAUCCUGCUUUGGAUAAACUAAAAAAAAAGGUACUCUUGACUCGUCUAGCAAUAUUAAUUAAUUAAUUAAUUACCAACCAACCAACCUUCAUCAUAAGAUCUCAGGGCAGUUCACAGAGUAAAAUGCAGGAUAUCGCCCCCAAUAUUUUUUGAAAAUAUUAAAACUAUUGAAAUAGGUUUUUAAAAAAACAACCCUCUUUUUUAUAAUAAAAUGUGCCACUGUAGGAGGAAAACACCAUUUAGAAGUGAUCCUCCCUCCCUUCUCUUCUCUCCCCCUGCCUGGCAGUGUUGGUGUUAGUCCUGUCUUCUUACUGCAAGUGACACAACACAGCGUGUUCUACCACCACAGCCAACAGCUAAAAUGGCACUUAAGGCCUGAGCUGGGGACACCAUUGAGAAAUGAAUGGGCCCACAUGCUAGACUGGCCACUGUUCGCAGGCAUGAGCACCCCCCGAUUACCUUUUUCUCAUCGGUCAGGUCAAGAGAUUCAAGCCUUUUUCCUUGGUCUGCCGCGUAAAUUUCCAGCAAGUUGUCAAAGUUUGUGGUCAGUACGAGAGCGCCGUUUUCCAUCAAGUGGAGCACGGACUGAAGGAGCUGUUUCCCUGUGUCUUCCAUUUUGGACUCCAGGUCAUCAAAGACCUCGUAUAGGCAGUCCUUGAAAAACGUGGAACGGACAUUGCUUGUGCGCUGCCAAGAAGAUGGGGGGGGGAGGGGAAUCCAAGAUCAGAAUUGAUUUAUUUGUAUUCAUUUUAUUAAACGACCAUUAAAAAAAAAUCAGCAGCAGAGGACUUGAGAAGAAGAGUUUGGAUUUGAUAUCCCGCUUUAUCACUACCCAAAGGAGUCUCAAAGCAGCUAACAAUCUCCUUUCCCUUCCUCCCCCACAACAAACACUCUGUGAGGUGAGUGAGGCUGAGAGACUUCAAAGAAGUGUGACUGGCCCAAGGUCACCCAGCAGCUGCAUGUGGAGGAGCAGGGAAGCAAACCCGGUUCCCCAGAUUACAAGUCUACCGCUCUUAACCACUACACCACACUGGCUCUCUUGAGGAGGGUGAGGCAUAAACAGCUGUCUGAACUGGUUGCUGAGAUCUAGCAGAGGCACAGCUGGAAUUAAGCUACUAAGCUGUGUCCACUUACCUGCAAGAAAACACCCAUGGGCUUACCUCUGAGUAAACACAGAAAAUCAUAUUACUGGAAUUGCAAUUCUUGCAUUAGAGUCCUAUUUCUGCCCAAACUCUCACAGCAUAGAGCGUUGCCCAAGAAAGUGCUUGCACACUGAACCUUCUCAAGAAGAGGAGGACAGUAUAGAUUCAGGACAGUGGUUUGCAGAAGGGCAUAGUUCAGAGGCUGCAGAUGGGAAAAGCUGGGAAAUAUUGGGAGACUAGUAGCAGAAAGAAGCAGCACCAGGGGAGAGACAGCUGACAGACUCUGUGUCUUUGGAAAGCACUCCUGACCCGCCCCACUCUCUCAGGACGAGGCGAGCAUUGAGAGUAGCAGAACAGAAAGCUCAGAGGCAGAAAGCACAGAUUAGCCUAUUGGCGUAGAAUAGGAGAGACGGAGGGGGUGGGACUUUACUCAGAGCAAUGCCAUUAUCUUAGGAAGACUGCACUCCUCCGUCCCUCUCUGUGAAUAGUGAACAAAUUACUUAGUAAGAACUCUUCUUGUUUAUCUGCUUUUUGGCUGCCACCGUGGGUGGGAUCGAAUUCUCUGAAGUCUGACAGAUGCCUAACUGCCUGCCUCAAUUCUUUACAACAGACUGGAAUGCCUCAUGCUGCGUCGUUGGACCUAACUGGGAACCGGACAGGAGACCACUGCAAGCCCCAUCAAAGCAGUGGGAUAGAAGGUCUUCAGACUGGAGGAAAGAUGAUGCAUUCAGCCCAGUCCGAUAUGGGUUUUUUAUAGGAAAGGGAAAGCAGAGAACAAAAGGGAAAGGGUCCUAGCUCAGACAUAGAGCACCU